AUGUGUCCUGCAUGGAAGCAGGAAGCCUGUAGGAAUGAGUCCCAUGUCGGGUGGGACAACCACAUGACAGUGACUCAUUUCAUCCUCCGAGGGAUCCCCAACACCGACGGCCUCCAGACCAUCCUCUUCUUCACCUUCUUAGCCUUCUACCUCUGCACCCUGCUGGGCAACCUGCUCAUCCUCUCAGCCGUCCUCGCCGACCCCCGCCUGCACACCCCCAUGUACUUCUUCCUCUGCAACCUCGCUGUCGUGGACCUUGGAAUCCCUUCCGUCAGCAUCCCCAAAUUUCUGGCUGCCCUCUCAGGUCAGAGCAGGGUCAUCUCACUUGGCGGGUGCAUUGCCCAGGCCUUUUUCUUCCACUUCCUGGGCAGCACCGAGUGCCUGCUUUGCACCGUCAUGGCCUACGACCGGUACGUGGCCAUCUGCCACCCGCUGCGCUACCUGCUCAUCAUGAACUGGAGGGUGUGCACCCUCCUGGCUGCUGGCACCUGGAUCUGCAGCUCCUUCCACGCCACCAUCCUCGCCAGCCUGACCUUCACGCUGCCCUACUGCGGGUCCAACGUGGUGGAUUAUUACUUCUGCGACAUUUUCCCGGUUUCUAAGCUGGCCUGUGGGGACACGUAUGUUCUUGAGACCGUGAGCUUCACCAACAUUGGCGUGGUGCCCAUGACUUGCUUCUUCCUCAUCCUUGUGUCCUACAUCAGGAUCAUCUACUGCAUCCUGAAGAUGAACUCGGGCGAAGGGCGGCGCAAAGCGGCCUCUACUUGUGCCUCCCAUCUGGCGGUGGUGACAAUGUACUUUGGGCCUUGUGCCCUGGUCUACACCCAGCCCCAGCUGAGCAAAGUGCUGGUGACCCCGCUGGAUGUGUUUGGCAACGUGGUGACGCCCAUGCUGAACCCGGUCAUCUAUACACUGCGGAACAAGGAGGUGAAAGAGGGUCUGAGAAAACUGAGAGGGGGUCUGAUGAUGGCUCAUUGA